UUCCAACAACAACACCAGCACUCACAUUAUUAAAGAAAAACUGAUUACAACAUUAAAAAGCAAGCAGAAGGAAUAAUUUUCGAUAAUUUUUCAAUUAAACUAAACAAUAUAUUAACAAAUAAAAAUGGCCAACCUUGAAGCAAAUACUGCCAGUCUGGAAUCAUUGGAUAAAGAGCAAAUGAAAACGUUUUCAGAUUUUUUAAUGUCAUACAAUAAAUUAUCUGAAAUGUGUUUCACAGAUUGUGUUAGAGAUUUCACCUCCCGACAAGUGAAGGACAGCGAGGAAAAAUGUUCCUUGAAUUGUAUGGAAAAGUAUUUAAAAAUGAAUCAACGUAUAUCACAAAGAUUCCAGGAAUUCCAAAUGGUUGCCAAUGAAAAUGCUUUAGCCAUGGCUCAAAAAACCGGUAGACUAUAAGGUGGGAAUUAGGAAAUUUAAUUAGACACACAUCAAUCAACACGAGAAUCAAACUAAAUGAAAAAGAAAAAAGAUACACAUUCUCAUAUUCAACGAUUUCCUAAAGUUUUUUUUUUUUGUUUAACUUCCAUAAAAGAUUUUUUUUAUUUUAAUUUUAUUACCUUUUUAAACCGAACUGUUAAUUUAGCAAACAAUAGUUUGUGGCAUUUUAAUUAAACUUAAAGAAAAACUACUAAA